AUGAAGUAUGUUUUAAUUCUGGGCGGGGUUAUCUCGGGAAUCGGAAAAGGUGUUAUCGCCUCUUCUACUGGUUUGCUUCUCAAAACGCUCGGGCUAAGAGUUACGGCGAUAAAAAUUGACCCUUAUGUAAACGUUGACGCUGGGACUAUGAACCCUAUUGAACACGGCGAAGUUUUUGUCUUGAAUGAUGGCGCAGAGGUAGAUCUUGACCUUGGCAACUAUGAACGAUUCCUUGAUAUUACCUUAACGAGGGAUAAUAACAUAACUUCUGGGAAACUAUUUCAGUCUGUUAUCGAAAAGGAGCGACGAGGUGAUUUUCUUGGUCAAAAUGUUCAGAAUAUGCCACAUGUAACAGAUACCAUUCAGAAUUGGGUGGAACGCGUUGCGAAAAUACCAGUAGACCAAUCUGGCCAGGAGCCUGAUAUUUGCAUUAUAGAGCUGGGUGGAACUAUUGGUGACUUCGAUUCUUCACUAUAUAUUGAAGCAUUGCGACAAUUCCAACAUCGAGUUGGUCGUGAAAAUUUUGUUGUUGUUCAAGUUUCUUUGGUGCCGGUGCUUGGUGUUGUUGGUGAACAAAAAUCAAAACCUACACAAGCUACUGUUCGACAGUUACGAGGUUUAGGCCUAAAACCAGACUUGAUUGCUUGUCGUUGCUCUCAAGCUUUAGAUCCGCGCGUUAAGGCCAAAGUAUCGACCUAUUGUCAUGUUGCUCUUGAGCAGGUUCUUUCUGUGCAAGAUGUAUCUUCCACAUACAAGAUUCCUUUACUUCUUAAAGAACAAGGUGUUCUUAAUUAUUUGCGUAAAAGACUUCAAUUGGAUACUCUGCACAUUAGUCCCAGGUAUUUUGAAACUGGCGAGGCUUUGUUCCGUGAUUGGAAAGCUUUGACUGAAACACAUGCUUCCUUGAAAAAAACUGUGACUAUUGCGCUUGUUGGAAAGUACACAUUUUUGCAAGACGCUUAUCUCUCGGUCACUCAAGCACUUGAGCACGCCUCAAUAGCUUGUGAACGUAAACUAACAAUUAAGUGGGUCGAAGCGGCCAAUCUCGAAUUAGAAACCAAAGAAAGCAACUCAGGAAAAUAUCACGAGGCAUGGGAAGAUAUAUUCACUGCUCAAGGUAUACUUGUUCCUGGAGGCUUCGGACAUCGUGGUACUGAGGGUAAAAUAGCGGUUGUUAAAUGGGCGAGAGAGAAUAAAAUUCCGUAUUUAGGGAUUUGUCUUGGUCUUCAAGUUGCCGUGAUCGAGUUUGCUAGAAAUGUUUGCGGUCUAAAAGGUGCAAAUUCAGAGGAACUUGACCCCGAGACAAAUCACAAGGUGGUUAUCUAUAUGCCUGAAGUCUCGCGGACACAUCUUGGCGGAACUAUGAGAUUAGGAUUACGACCAACAAAGUUUCAAGAUGGAUCAGAAUCGUGGUCCAAAAUUCAUAAAUAUUAUGAAUCGGAUGAGCGCACUUUAAUAACUGCUCGAAAAUUUUUAGAUAUUCAUAAAGAGAAUCGUAUCAAUGGAACAACAGAAAACGGAAUAAAAUAUAACACCAGAAUCACCAGCAAUGGGAUCAGAGUUUUCGGUAACGGGACGACACAAAUGGCACUGAAUGGUAAUCAUCAUCACCAUCUUUUCACGGAAGAUUUUGUAAUUAGUUCCACAACAGCGACAGAAACUAGUAUAAAGCCUAUGGAAAAUGUGUACUCUAGCAAAACAGUAAUCGAGGAAAGACAUCGUCACAGAUACGAAGUCAAUCCAGAGAUUGUUGAGCGCUUGGAAGCGCAAGGAUUGAUGUUUGUCGGUCGUGAUGAAACUGGUAAUCGUAUGGAAAUAUUGGAACUUAAAGAUCAUCCAUUUUUCGUGGCCGUUCAGUAUCAUCCCGAAUAUUUAAGUCGACCAUUAAAGCCUGUCCCGACAUUUUUUGGAUUUAUACAAGCUUCAGCUGCAUUUCAAGGGUAUCAAAAAUUAAUUCCUUGUCAUUAUGAAUCAACAUUUAAUAGUUAA